AUGAAAAGGAUGAGGUCCGACUUAAUCACGUUGUAUCUUAGCCUGCUCGGUCUUUGCUCCGCUACGCAGCAAACCGACGAGUACGUCGUCCUCGAGAAGACCCAUGAUAUCAAUGCUUGGCAAGAAGAAGGCUGGGAAAAGCUUGAGCGACUUCCACCGUCGGAAGGAGUAUUUCUGACCUUCGCGCUGAAGCAAAGUAACUUGGAAACUUUGGAACGUGUCUUCUGGGAAGUCUCUGAUCCAAGAUCUAAGGAGUAUGGAAAGCACCUCUCCUUGUCCAAACUAACGCAGAUGAUAGCGCCAUCAGAAACCACAAUUUCAAACGUUCAGGCGUGGCUCAGAAGUCAUAACGUCCAAUCGAGUGACUGCCAUACUAUUUACACCAAAGAUUUCAUGACUUGCCGAAUGUCCUGCAAAUCUGCUGAAGCGAUGCUUGUUGGUGCUAAAUUCUACCGUUUUAAGCACGCAAAACUUACGAAGUCUGUGGUUCGUUCGCUUCAACACUACUCUGUUCCGAGAAGUAUUGUGCCGCAUGUAGACUUUGUGGGUGGGGUGCUUCAGUUUCCUGCCGUAAAAGGCCCUUCUUUGCCCAAGGUUCGUCGUCGUGAAUUUUCGGAGAACAUGUUAAAAAAAAAUCUCAUCUACACCGGGGUCUAUCCUGAUAUUUUACGAGAGCGCUAUAAGGUGUAUGAUGUUGUUGGAACCCAUCCUCACAACCGCCAGUCAAUUGCAUCAUUUCUGGAACAGUAUUACAGUCCUGCAGACCUAAAGGCAUUCUUCGACAUAUUUGGUAGUUCCUUUAGGCACCUGAAAGACGUGACAAAGGUGAUUGGCCCAAACAAUGGCCCCCCUGGUUCAGAAGCAAGCCUGGACAUCCAGUAUAUCAUGAGUCUUGGUGCUAUGGUACCAACCUGGAUCUGGAGCACUCCUGAGAACUCCCAAGACCCAUUUUUAGGGUGGCUUCUGGAUAUAAGCAAUCAUUCUGAAGUCCCUUGGGUGCAUAGUGUUAGCUACAGUGGCUAUGAGGACGAAUAUGAUGUAUCAUACAUGAACAGAGUCAAUGUAGAGUUCCAAAAAGCUGGUGUGAGGGGGCUCACAAUUUUAUUUGCAAGUGGUGACGAUGGCGCAGAUUGCAAAAAUUCAAAAUUUCGCCCCGAGUAUCCGUCUUCAUCUCCUUACGUCACUACGGUUGGAGGAACGGAACUUAAGGAACCCUUUACCUUGCUUCCUGAAUAUGGCCAUGAAAUUAGUGGUGGAGGUUUCAGUAAUGUUUUCCCGCGUCCUUCGUACCAAAAUUACGCUGUUGAAAAAUACUUAAAGUCGGGGCCCCACAUCCCACCCACAUCGUACUUCAACCCAAAUGGCCGUGGAUAUCCUGACAUCUCAGCUGCUUGUGAUUACUUCUGGAUCGUCGACAACCUGUGCCUUGUAGCUGUGUAUGGUACAUCGGCUUCUACUCCGACCGUGGCUGGCAUCAUCUCGUUGCUAAAUGAUGCACGGUUACAAAAUAGCAAGUCUACACUGGGAUUCUUGAACCCCUUUCUGUACCAGAAUUCUGCGGCAAUGUAUGAUGUUACCACUGGGCACAAUGAAGGAUGUUUACCUGGGGAUAUUGGGUUUUAUGCUAGCACUGGCUGGGAUCCAGUGACUGGCUGUGGUACUCCUAACUUUCUAGCAAUGGUGAAUGCAGCCCUUAAGUACCAUUAAAAUUGCAUCAGACAUACGAUCAAGAACAGUUUGACUACAAUGAGAACGUUGUAAGGUAGAUUAAUAUAUUAUAAAUUGUUUAUUUGCUUGCAACUGCAAUUUUUAUUUUUAAAUGAUAAAAAUAACGACUAGUGGCUCCUUAUAAAAGGUGUGAUGCUCUAGUAACAAGGGUCAUGUUCCUCACUGAAACUGCAAUGUAACACGGGUGAGCGAGGAUGUUUUUAGUAAAUUCUAGGCGUACCUACUGCGGAGACACUUCGUGGAACAUUCAUCAGUUUGUGUAUUUUGAACAAAUUUUUAGGCAAAUCGUCUCUAUAAGAGUAAAGAAACUUAGCAUACAAAUUUGGUAGCGCCUGUAAGGCAUAUUAAAAGACAAAAAAGCCCACUUCCGAUUGACGUGCGUCGCUCAAAAACGUCGUUGCGUGAACUCCCUAAUAUCUAACUUAAACGCUGACGUGUUCUUACAUCUUGUAAACAGGGCGAGAAUGUGAAAAACAAGGGUCAAAAACAUAUCCAGAGGCAUUUUGUUGGUAUAAGCUGGUAAUUGCUUUAAUCUUAAUCAACAUUUCAUGCUUAUUAUGGAUAAACCGGAUAAACCAGUUACCAGAGAAUAAAAUGUCAUUUUAGCGGUGAAAUGACGUCACAAAUAUUUACAUAAAAAUGCCCAAAUUCGCUGUAAGUUCACAGUAUAAGAGGAAUCUAAAUAACCGCAAAUACUUCACAGUUUUGAAGAAUUUAACUCUGCAUCGUACGAGUUUUUAACUAUAAUCAGAAUUGAUUUUAGGCGAUAUGCACACGUGCAGAAAAUUGCCUAAAGAAACUGAAUGAUUAUAGGAGAGAUUUCUCUAAACGUUUUUGUUACCCUUCCGCUCAAUGCUCAAGAAAAGGUGCUUUUGAAAAUUCCAUUUAAAAAUGCCAUUUUAGAACUUAACGGGGCUUCGUGGAGAAGGUUUUUACUCUGAAGAGAACUCUGGGAAAAAAUUAAUUUGAAGCGUAAAAAGAACAGAGAUGUCAACCGAAAGGUGAUUGAUCGUUUUGAAUAUGCACUUAGAAGGAAUGAUAUUUCUAUACUAUGGCACUCCAACUAUUAUGCCCAGUCUACGAGCAAAGAAGAACGUGAACGUUUACAGCGAAAAUGCCUUGAACAUGCCGAAGAAUGAAAGGAAGAUAACGAAGCUCCUACCUGUCAUGCUACAUGUAGUCAGGCUAUGGAUAACACGUCGCUUGUCGUCUCCGUUAAGUCUCUGCCCCUUCUGCUAGAACAAAAUACCUCUCCCAGGCAUAUGUCAGUUCAAUAACUUAACCUUUCUCCGCUGCAUACUAUAGCUCAUCGCACAACCAGAUAAGUGCAGAUCAGUUUCACUUUUUGCUGGGGACUGUGUUUUCUGUGUAGACCUUUGGAAAGAAUGCAAACUUGCCAGAUGGUACUUUGCCCCCGCUGAAAUCAGAUCACACUCGCCAGCAACUUGGAGACGGACAUUAGGCUGAUUUAGCAACAGGACGGGAACUUCAGUUGACGACGGGAAAGCGCGCGGAAAGGAGUAAACUCGACUUCCGGUGCCCAAUUUGUCGCUCUACCAUUGGUCAAGCCAGUAGUUUGAUUUGCGCGCGCCGUAGUCAAAUGGCGUUGCCGUUCUGUUGCUAAAUCAGCCCAAUUGUGAUGAGACGGGACUGCUUCGAAAAUUUGCUGACUCCACAGCUGAUAAGCGCUCCUUUGGGUUUUCCCUUUGGCAAAAUAUGAAUUUGUUCCAAGCCAAGGGCAUCAUCUAUGGCGUAGUGGUGGUUAAAAAUUAGCCGCCAAGCGUAUUGGACGAGGGAGCACCUUUCAUCAAGUCAUACACUCUGAGGAGCUCGUGAAGCUUUCUCGCAAUGCUGGUCAUAUCUAGCUUGAGUUAUAAGAAAAUUUUACAGCUAGGCACUAUCCUGGCUGAGAUUGUCUUGGAAAAAUAGAGCGCGAUAACAAAGACCAAGAAUCCCUGUGCACAAUCUUCAAGCAGUUUAAUCCGUUUUCAAAAACUAAGCACCCUUCUCGCAAAGAAGAAAUUCAGAAUUCUCUUCUAAAUACCCUAGAAUAUGGAGAGAGACAACUGGGAAUUUGUAAGGGAUAGAUUGAAAGUAAAGGAAAAAAUUAAGCUAAACUGGAUUUUUACAUUACCAUCCACAUUAACAAGGUUCCAUUGUUUUAUCACUUGUAUGAAGUAGCAAAAUGUAGCAAAGCAGGCUGAACAAACAGGCUCUCGAGCAGGCUCGCUCAGCUUAUCAGCAAAUCUGUGUGGUUUUUGACAGAUACAGAGAAGACUCAAUCUGACACAAGGAAGCGGCAUACAAAAGCAUUUAGGCCUGUAAGAAAAGUCAUUGAAGGAGGCAGUGUCCCUCUCGCGAAAAACUUGAAAAACUUCCUACCAAUGCCAGACAACAAAGGAGACUUAGCAAGGUUUCAUUCAGAAUAUAUAACGGAGAAAUGUACAGACAAGAUACUGAUUAUUAUAGCAGCUGGCGGUUUGAAGACGAAAUGGAAGUUCGCUCAUCAGAUAAUAAAGUAGACCUCUUUGUUGUAAGAGCUAGCCACGAAAAGCAGAUACUGACCUCAUAUUGCACUGCCACCACAUAAGAUGCCGCACAGCUGCUGUGUUAGCAACAUAGACCGUUAAUAUCGAAUAUUGCAAAUCAAAACGAAAGAUCGGAAAAUUGUACAAAGUUUCCAGGUUACUCCACAAUUCGUUGUCAAUGUUAUCAUAAAAUCGAUAAUAAGCUACACCUAGAUCUUGCAAGAAUUUGUUACCUUUCAGUUGGAAGCUCCUUGAACUGGCUGCUCAUGGAACCUUAACCUCAAUAUAUUUAUCAUGCAGCUUUUAAAAUUAUAAUUGUUCCUUCAUCAACCCAGAUUUUUCUGCUGUAGCUUUUUCUUCUCUCGGCUACUCUUGCUAGCAAUAACAAGGAUGUGCUCGAAUAAAAACAUUCUAGAGAGCCCACUACUCUGAAAUCAUGAAAUCUAGGGUGCCCGACAUAUACUUUUUCCUGCAAAAAAAACUGAGAUUUCCUAGUCGCCCAAGAGUAAAAAUAUAAGGCGUCAGGAGGCCUCUGGACGCUGCUAGAGGACAGCUCUGAAUAAUGUCUUUAAUCUUUUUUUAUUUUUCGCAAUGAAAUGAUUAUUCAAUUCUUUUGUUUCCCACCAAAAAAAUAUUAUUUCGCAUAUACAAAUUAUCAGUAAAUAAACAUUCGUCUCAGAUGUAAUAACCCAUCAACAUGUCAGGUUUUGACAGUUUGGCCUAAUUGACAUAACUGAUUCAUGUAACCAAGGGAAAAAUGUAUGUGUAUUAGCCUAGCGAAAACGCGUAAACGAGUUCGUCGUUCUCUGUAAGGUAGUAGAAAAGCAUUAUAAACGAGUUAAAAAAUUACAAAACUUUACUGACCUUCGUUUUUCUUAUAUUAAGAAUAUUAAAACUGAUGUCCCUCGAGUGGUAGAUAUGCCCUGACAGCCAUUUUCAAUCAUUCUAAUUGGUCAAUAACGUAUUGUGACAGUUUUGACAAGAGCCUGCAUCGAUCAUCAUUCUUGAUGGAAUUAUAUUUUCCCGGGACAGUCACACAAUUCCUCCAGUUUUCGGAAGCUCUUCAAGAUGAAAGGGAUCAACUCCAUGUUAAUCUUAAUUUAUCUUACCUUGCUCAAUCUUUACUUCUCUAAUUCACGAACCGAAGAGUACGUCGUCCUGGAAAAGAGCCAUGAUGUCAAAGCCUGGCAAGUGCAAGGCUGGGAAAAGCUUGAGCGACUGUCACCGUCGCAAGAAAUAUUUCUGACCUUUGCUCUCAAGCAAAGUAACUUGGAGACUUUGGAACGUGUCUUCUGGGAAGUCUCUGAUCCACGAUCUAAGGAGUAUGGAAAGCACCUCUCCUUGUCCAAACUAACGCAGUUGAUAGCGCCAUCAGAAACCACAAUUUCAAACGUUCAGGCGUGGCUCAGAAGUCAUAACGUCCAAUCGAGUGACUGCCAAGCUAUUUUCACCAAAGAUUUCAUGACUUGCCGGAUGUCCUGCAAAUCUGCCGAAGCGAUGCUUGUUGGUGCUAAAUUCCACCGUUUUAAGCACGCAAAACUUUCCAAGCCCGUGGUUCGUUCACUUCAGCACUACUCUGUUCCGAGAAGUAUUGUGCCGCAUGUAGACUUUGUGGGUGGUGUUCUUCACUUUCCAGCCCUAAAAGGCCGUUCGUCGCCCAAGAUUCUUCAUCGUGAAUUUUCGGAGAACAUGUUAAAAAGAGAUCUUAUCUACAGCAGGGUCAAUCCUGAUAUUUUACGAGAGCGCUAUAAGGUGUAUGAUGUUGUUGGAACCCAUCCCAACAACCGCCAGUCAAUAGCAUCGUUUCUGGAAGAGUAUUACAGUCCUGCAGACCUAAAGGCAUUUUUCGACAUAUUUGGUAGUUCCUUUAGGCACCUGAAAGACGUGACAAAGGUGAUUGGCCCAAACAAUGGCCCCCCUGGUUCAGAAGCAAGCCUGGACAUCCAGUAUAUCAUGAGUCUUGGUGCUAUGGUACCAACCUGGAUCUGGAGCACUCCUGAGUCCUCACAAGACCCAUUUUUAGGGUGGCUUCUGGAUAUAAGCAAUCGUUCUGAAGUCCCAUGGGUGCACAGUGUUAGCUACAGUGGCUAUGAGGGCGAAUAUGAUGUAUCAUACAUGAAUAGGGUCAAUGUAGAGUUCCAAAAAGCUGGUGUAAGGGGGCUCACAUUUUUAUUUGCAAGUGGUGACGAUGGCGCUGAUUGCAAAAAUUCAAAAUUCCGUCCAGAGUAUCCGUCUUCAUCUCCUUAUGUCACCACCGUUGGAGGAACAGCACUUAAUGACCCCCUCACCUUGCCUGCUGAAUAUGGCCAUGAAAUUAGCGGUGGGGGAUUCAGUAAUGUAUUUGCACGUCCUUCGUACCAAACUGAUGAUGUUGAAAAGUAUCUGAACUCAGGGCCACACAUGCCACCCACAUCGUACUUCAACCCAAAUGGCCGUGGAUAUCCUGACAUCUCAGCUGUAUGUUAUAAGUUCUGGAUCGUCGACAACAUGUACCUUGAACUUGUUUAUGGUACAUCGGCUUCUACUCCAACAGUGGCUGGCAUCAUCUCUUUGCUAAAUGAUGCACGGUUACAAAAUAACAAGUCUACACUGGGAUUCUUGAACCCCUUUUUGUAUCAAAAUGCUGCGACAAUGUAUGAUGUCACUACUGGGUACAAUGAAGGAUGUCUACCUGGGGAUAUUGGGUUUUAUGCUAGCACUGGCUGGGAUCCAGUCACUGGCUGUGGUACUCCUAACUAUCUAGCAAUGGUGAAUGCAUCCCUUAAUUACCAUUAAAAUUGCAUCAGACAUUUGAUCAAGAACAGUUUGAGUACAAUGAGAUCGUUGUAAGGUAGAUUAAUAUAUCAUAAUUAUUACACAAUUUGUUUGCGACUGCAAUUUUUAUUUUUAAAUCAUAAAAAUAACGACUAGUGGCUCCUUAUAAAAGUUUUGAUGCUUUAGUAACAAGGGUCAUGUUCCUCACUAGUGAAACUGCAAUGUAAGACGGGUGAGCGAGGAUGUUUUUAGUUUUUUAAUUCUAGCCGUACCCACUCCGGAGACACUUCGUGGAACAUUCAUCAGUUUGUGUGUUUUGAACAAAUUUUUAGGCAAAUCGUCUCUAUAAGAGUAAAGACACUUAGCCUACAAAUUUGGUAUCGCCAAGGCUUAUUAAAAGAGAAGAAGGCUCACUUCCGGUUGACAAGCGUCGCUCAGAAACGUCGUUGCGUAAACUGGGGACUUUAAGAUCCAACGACGCGGACGACAACGAGAACGUCAACAAAACAAUUUUUUUAAUUAGCAAAACAACAACUUCGCACGUGCAUCACACUUUUUUGUACAUUUCUUUCCCUUUUUUGCACGACUAAGGCGUGAAAAUGCCUAAUUUCGCGUUUUAUGGAGGACGUAAACAAGCAACGACGAAAUUUUAUUUCUGUUUCUGAGCUUGAAUUUGGUCCCUUGAAAUUCAGCUUCAGGAGGGUUCUCCUACAAUUGACAAAGUACGUGGGUAGGAAUAAUCGCUAUAAAGACUGAAAGAACGCAAAUUUACUUUCUAAGCGACGUUCUUGUUGCCGUCGCGUCGUUGGAUCUUAAAGCCCCUGAUAUCUAACUUAAACGCCGACGUGUUCUUACAUCUUGUAAACGGGGCGAGAAUCUGAAAAACAAGGGUCAAAAACAUAUCCAGAGGCAUUUUGUUGGUAAAAGCUGGUAAUUGCUUUAAUCUUAAUCAACAUUUCAUGCUUAUUAUGGAUAAACCGGAUAAACCUGUUACCAGAGAAUAAAAUGUCAUUUUUGCGGUGAAAUGACGUCACAAAUAUUUACAUAAAAAUGCCCAAAUUCGCUGUAAGUUCGUGAAGCUUUUUUGCAAUGCUGGUCAUAUCAUCUAGCUUGAGUUAUAAAAAAAUUUUACAGCUGGAGGCCUAGACCAAGAAUCUCUGUGCACAAUCUUCGAGCAGUUUAAUCUGUUUUCAAAAACUAAGCACCCUUCUCGUAAAGAAGAAAUUCAGAAUUCUCUUCUAAAUGCCCUAGAAUAUGGAGAGAGGCAACUAGGAAUUUGUAAAUUAGUAAGGGACAAAAGUAAGUUAAACUGGAUUUUCACAUUAUCAUCAUCAUUAACAAGGCUCCAACGUUUUUACCACUUGUAUGAAGUAGCAAAAUGUAGCAAAACAGGCUGAACAAAUAGGCUCUCGAGCAGGCUUGCUCAGCUUAUCAGCAAAUCUGUGUGGUUUUUGACAGAUACAGAGCAAGACUCAAUCAAUAUGACACAAGGAAGCGGCAUACAAAAACAUUUAGGCCUAUAGGAAAAGACAUUGAAGGAGGCGGUGUCCCUCUCCCGAAAAACUGGAAAAACUUCCUAGCAAUGCCAGACGACAAAGGAGACUUAGCAAGGUUUCUUUCAGAAUAUAUAACGAAGAAAGCUACAGACAAAAUACUGAUAGCAGCUGGCGGUUUGAAGACGAAAUGGAAGUGCGCUCAUCAGAUAAUGAAACAAACGUCUUUUGUUGUAAGAGCUAGCCACGAAAAGCAGAUGCUGACCUCAUAUUGCACUGCCACCACAUAAGAUGCCGCACAGCUGCUGUGUUAGCAACAUAUGCAGAUAUGCUGUUACUUCUGCACAUUCACCUAGUAUCCCUAGCCCCAUGCUGUUGAUGAUAUGAGGGACCCCGAAAAAGAGAAAGUAUUUUAAUAUCAAGGCAAUCCACGGCUCUUCUCCUUUUCCAUACCCUUACAGGCUGUGGAACAACGUCAUUCUUUCUUCCACAACCAUUCGAAGAUGUCGGCAUUGAGGGUCUUUUGUCAGAGAUAUGAGCUAUUGUUUUCAGAAGAGAGGGUGAGCUAAAUGAAGCAAAAGUUAAGUCGGCCGAAAAAUUCAUUUCAAUGCGACAUGACGGAUUUAAAUCGGUUGAUCAUGUGUGCUCAAUUCUCUACUCCAAGAUCGGGAAAUCUGAGGCUUAGCACUCACCUGGAAACAGGCGAUUAGCUGUAAUCCUCAACUUCCGCGCCCUGAGCAGAUAGGGUAACCACUCGCAAACAUUGCACUUGCAGCAACUGAAAACCCGAUGUAUUUGCUUCUUGAAUACCUUAUACCAACCAGAUGUAUAUGUAAAUGGCAGACUAGAGAAGAACUAAACAGGUAGAGUGUUUUGAGCAUAAAACUUAACAGGCAGCUCAAUAGAUUAUCUAUACCCAAUCUGUGUAAUGCGUAGUUUACGUUAAUUGUGGACGCUGCUAAGGUCGCUUUGUUACUUUCAAAUUAGCCCCAAAAUAAUGUGUUUUACUUUCCAAACAUAUUCAAUUGAGAGUUGGUAGUGUUUGUCUAUGAAAAGAGCAAUUUGUAUCCUUUUUUGGCCAUUUUGUAAUAUUCCUCAUGAUGGUCACUCAUGAUAAUUAUACUGCGAUGUCAUUUAUGGUGCAUAAAUUAUAUAGGUGUUUUUUUUAGCUUAAAGAUCAGAAUUAAAUUUGGUAACCGGUCAAAUCUUAUCCAGCAGGCCACAGCGACUUUACCAACUUUUACCAAGAAAUGCUCCUGGAAUUUCAUAUUUCGGAAAGUUUGUCUUGACCCGACUUGACCCGAUUUCAGACCAAAAAAGUAAUUUUCCGCACCCGUUUUCAGACCAGACCUCUAAAAUCCAUACCCGUUUUCAGACUUGGCCUUUAGGCGGAAAUUAUGUUAUCAUUACUUAGAUUAGAGCGCAAACAAACAUAAUCAUCAAAUCCAUUUCGAAAUUUCUCUCUCCUUCUUACUCAUUUGGAAUUGAAACGAUAGAUACGUCCAUACACUCCCGUAGUUCUCAGGAAAACCAUACCCGAUUCCAGACCGAAGUGGGCAAAGUGUAUACCCGUUUUCAGACCAAAACGGCGCAAAAACCCUACCCGAUGGGGAGGCACCUAUAUAGCUUAUAUAAGGGAGUACCCCCCCUUGCUAGAUACCUUCUCAUGCUGUUACUGCACCCGCUCUGUCGUUCAAAUAUAGAGGAGUGUGCAAGGACGCCAUGAAGCACCAACGGAUCGGCUAAAAUGUUCUGGGAAAGAAUUACGUCAGCCCAAAUGUCUUCAGGACCGUGAUGUGCGAGGAUCUGCAAGACGAAAAGAAGUGCGACUGGGUACUUGGAAGGCACUGAACUGAAUACUGAAACUUUCGGCCCAUGGAGGCGACCCUAAAUUUGAUGCAAACUCAAAAAUAUUCGAGCCAGUUAAAAUAUCUAAAACAAACUAAAGAGGAAACAGUAAGCUUCCAAAAAGUUAAGAAAAGGCGUUUGUUUGCGUAAGUACAUAAAGGCAAACAAUUGAUAGGCCUCCAGCUGAAUGCAACUUGUGAUAUCUAGCGCUGGAUUAAAGAGUUCCGGUUUUCGAGUUUAGCUAUCAUUAUAUCCAGAUCCAAGCUGGCGUAUCCCUUAAUAAUAACAAUAACAAUAAUAAUAAUAAUAAUAAUAAUAAUAAUAAUUCAAAAUUGCAGAUGAAUUGUGGGUUAAAUCAUUUGAUAAGUUCGUGUACAAUUACACAUGAUGAAAGGCCUUCCUCUCUGUAGCCGAGCUGGCACUUCAAAUUGAUGAGCGUAGACCGUUAAUAUCGAAUUGCAAAUCACAGGGUCGUAACAUGGUAUAUCCGGGGCCCAAAGAUCCCUAUUUUCUUACCGUUGUUUUGAUCCCUGAGCCCCAUUUUCCCAAAAAUUUUGAUCCCUGAGCCCUGAUAAAAGAAUUGAUCCCAUCCAUGUUUUUACACAAAAUUUUAACUUGGGCAACUUUGUUUAUCUCCAAAUAUAGAAUAUAGAACAUGCUCAAAUAGGCUGACGAGGAAAACAUUAACUUUAAUUUUUAGAGCAAGUUGUAGGUUCUAUCAGAGCUUUCUAUUCUGCUAUCCCUGUUGAUGUUGUAGUCUUAUGUGAAUUUCCUCUUUCACGUUGUGUGUGUUACAGUGAGGAUCACGAUCAAUUACCAAUAGCAAAAUACCUUCUUUACAUGAAGUAGAAAAAUUAAAUGAUGCAAACCACUGGUUCUACAGUUUAAGAGCAUUUCUGUGUCAAGCCCAUUAAUUGCUUUUCCUGGCUUAAUAACCAUUGUGGAUUGUCAGAGGACAUAUCUGGUUGUACGUCUUCCAGACCUACUCCUUCCAGCUUCAAAUCUAAUUGGCUCUGAAAAGUUGUCCGCCUGAGCUUGCUCCCCUUCCUCUUCGUCACCACCUGACGCAGGUGAAUCAUCUGAUUCAACUGACCCCUGGAGCAAUGCAACUAGGCGUUGCUCUCCAAGGCAGCUCAAACAGAAGUUGUUUCCGUCUUUCAUUAUUUGAACCUCCCCGAUCAUACACUUAGGAGAAUUUCUAUCGUCACGGUGCCCAGUCUGGUAUACCAGGGGAUCUUCUUCUGACUGUUCCAGCAAUCUCAAACCCAUGUGAUCUUCCAGGAAUGCGUCACCGUUAUGGUGGAGAUCUUUUAAAAGAACUGCAAGGAAGAAAGGAUGAUAUACCUCUUGUAACUGUGCUUGAGAGCAACUACGUCGCCUUUUGAAUAGAUAAUCUCAUAUUCUUCGGCUGCGUCUUGAACUGUAGUUUGUCCUUCACUCCCUUGGACCUAUUUCAGCACAUCGACUUCUACAUAUGCCGACGCAUUCCUUCUGAACAUACUCAGAGCAAGUGGAAGUGUACCAGCUCUUUCUUUGGUCUUCCCUCUUGUUCGUUGCUGUCCUACACCCCGUCCGAAUUCUUUCGCAAAGCUCUGCAAUGCCUUCCUUUGUCGCUCCUUUCCCUCCGCGCUCGUUUCCUCGUCCAUAUCCUCCUUAAGGUUCACUCUUGCCGGGCGACUUUCGAAGCCAUUCCGGUGCCUUUGGACCCAGCUUUCUCUGUGUGUAAUGGCUUGAGGACCGGUAUAAAAGAUAAACGAGGAUUGGUAGAGCCUCUCUAUUGAUUCUAAACGGCAACUGGGCCGCCGCGAUGCGUAUUCGUUCAGAGCAAGUGUUCUCACUCCACUAAACAAUUCAGGCUCCAAAUCUAAGGUGAUGAUACCUUUCGGGGCCAACCAUUACAUAAGCCGAGGCCGAAUAGCCCAAAGGGCCGAAAAAAUUAUUGUAGAUCAAUAUUGUCACUAAAGUCUGUAAAUUUUGUGCGAAACAAAAUAGCCACUACUACACGAAUGAGGUCUGAAAAAAUCUUGCAUGAAAAAAAUAACCCAUCCCCGACUCAAAAAUCAAAUAGUGGGCCCCCUUACUGGUGGCCCUGCAUGCUGAGUGCUAUAAUAUAUUUAUUUAAAUUCCUGCUGACUCUGCUACUUGUACCUCGUAGGCAACAUUCCUUUCACCAAUUCAACCGGUUAUUUUAUAAAAAAAAACUAAAGAAAAUAAACUAUUAAGGCCUUGUUACUCUUCUUUCAUCGAGGUAAGUCUUGGUGUUCCACUUAUUUUCACUAAUUCUACACUGUAAUUUCAGACUAUUUAUCAUACAAGCAUCUAUUAGUUAUACAGUAAUGGAAUAUGUCCUUUACUUUCCCGGCCCAAUACUAGCACUGGUAGGUGAACCGAUCUCGGUUUCUCAUCAGAGUUCGAGAUAACCCUAAAACUCCAUGCAAUUAGACCAGAUUUAUUAAAUUGCGAGAAAGCAUUUAUUUUGCAAUAAAGCGCGCGAAUUCAUUGUACUUUUGUAUUCUACUUUUGAUGUCCAUUUCAAUUAUUCAAGUACUUUUAAGAGUUAAGUUAGUGGUCAUAAAAAUACGAACCUCGAUUUAUAGUCGACUUGUGACUUGCUUGAGGCGAUUAGGCAAUCGGGACCUAUACAGUAAAUUCCGCUUUCAAUGAAUCGGUUUGUCUAUUGUCCUGGCGGUAUUGAUUUGUUAUGUUUGAUCGGCUCAAAAACUCUAUGCUUGGACCCUUGCCAGGAGUAAAUCAGUCAAGGAAGUACUUACGUACCUUUCCUGUCACAGGAUUUCUUUUGGCCCUUUUUCUUCUUCCCCAUUUCUCGCAAAAAAAGAUAUGUAAAUCGCUUUCUCUGCCUUCUGGCGUUGACAGCGCGUUGAGGAGUUGCGUUACAAAGCGAGAAAAGUGACUUGAGAUUCAUAUUACGGUGCCCUCAGCAGUUAAUAAAUUAAGAAUAUGAUACCAUGUUUUCGUCAAACAACCAGGACUUCGUAUGACAGGAACUGCCGCCAGCCGGAAGCAAGAAUAGGUAAUGUACCUUGGCCAGGAAAUUCUAUGGACACAAACCUUAUUAAGGGGAAAAAUAUUGUGCUAAGAAAUUUUUAGACCGUGUAAUAAAUCUGAUCCCUGAUUUGGGCUCAAAAGCCUUGUGAUCCCUGAUCCCAUUCUUCUGAGCCCUGAGCCCUCUCCUCUGAGCCCUGAUCCCAGUCAUAUUUUGGGCUUUGAGCCCUGAGCCCAUAUACCAUGUUACGACCCUGAAAUCAAAACGAAAGAUCGGAAAAUUGUACAAAGUUUCCAGGUUACUCCACAGUUCGUUGUCAAUGUUAUCAUAAAAUCGAUAACAACCUACACCUAGAUCUUGCAAGUAUUUGUUACAUUUUCAGUUGGAAGCUCCUUGAACUGGCUGCUCACGGAACCUUAACCUUAUUAUAUUUAUCAAGCAGCUUUUAAAAUUAUAAUUGUUCCUUCAUCAACCCAGCUUCUUCUGCUGUAGCUUUUUCUUCAGUUUCUUCUCUCGGCUACUUCUGCUAGCAAUAACAAGGAUGUGCUCGAAUAAAAACAUCCUAGAGAGCCCAAUACUCUGAAAUUGUGGAAUCUAGGGUGCCCGACAUAUAUUUUUUCCUGCAAAAAAAAACUAAGAUUUCCUAGUCGCCCAAGAGUAAAAAUAUAAGGCGCCAGGAGGCCUCUGGGCGCUGCUACAGGACAGCUCUGAAUAAUGUCUUUAAUCUUUUUUAUUUUUCGCAAUAAAAUGAUUAUUCAAUUCUUUUGUUUCCAACAUGUCAGGUUUUGAAAGUUUGGCCUAAUUGACAUAAUUGAUUCAUGUGACCAAGAGAAAAACGUAUCCGUAUUAGCCUAGCGAAAACCCGUAAACGUGUUCGUCGUUCACUAUAAGGUAGUAGAAAAGCAUUAUAAACGAGUUAAAAAAUUAAAAAACUUUACUGACCUUCGUUUUUCUUAUACAGUGAAACCUGUAUUAAGCGGACACCCUCGGGGAAUGCUGUAGUGUCCGCUUAAUACAGGUUUCGAUAUAUAACGUCAUAUGAGGUGUCAAACGCCAUUCAAAUGAACAGUGGAAGCGUUUAGAAUAUUCCCAGAGACAAUGACGAUAGACGGUUGCAUUAAUUUCUUUAUCAAAGUGAACCAGUUGAUCAUAGUACCAUAAACAUGGAUUGCAACUCAAAUUUGAAGAAAUCAGAUGAGUGAAACACGCUCCAUACAAGCAAAACGAAAUAGAAAACAAUACUGUACUGUAAAACUAAUCAAAUAAGUUCGUGAAGUCACGUUUUUUAAUGUAAAAAUCGAAAAAUUUGUGGGUGACAAUUCGAGGCAAUCGUUCGCAUUUCCGGUGUCUGGCAUGUUGGGUGGUGGAAUUUAAUUACAAGUGUCCGUUUAAUACAGGUUGACAACAAUGGAAAUGGCCAUUUCAAUUCAGGUACCUUUUAGGUGUUCGCGUCCGCUUAAUAAAGGUUUCAUUUAAAGUAAAUAAGCGAAAUAAAUUUUUGGACUUCGGCUACUGUCCGCUUAAUAGAGGGUGUCCGCUUAAUACGGUGUCCGCUUAAUACAGGUUUCACUGUAUUAAGAAUUUUUAAACUGGUGUCCCUCGAGUGGUAGAUAUGCCCUGACAGCCAUUUUCAAUCAUUCUAAUUAGUCAAUAACGUAUUGUGACAGUUAUGACAAAAGCCUGCAUCGAUCAUCAUUCUUGAUGAAAUUAUAUGUUCCCGGGACAGUCACACAAUUCCUCUAGUUUUCGGAAGCUGUCCAAGAUGAAAGGGAUCAACUCCAUGUUAAUCUUAAUUUAUCUUACCUUUCUCAGUCUUGGCUUCUCUAAGUCACGAACCGAAGAGUACGUCCUCAUGGAAAAGAGCCAUGAUGUCAAAGCAUGGCAAGUUCAAGGCUGGGAAAAGCUUGAGCGACUGCCACCGUCGGAAGAAAUAUUUCUGACCUUCGCUCUCAAGCAAAGUAACGUGGAGACUUUAGAACGUGUCUUCUGGGAAGUCUCUGAUCCAAGAUCUAAGGAGUACGGAAAGCACCUCUCCUUGUCCAAACUAACGCAGUUGAUAGCGCCAUCAGAAACCACGAUUUCUAACGUUCAGGCGUGGAUCAGAAGUCAUAACGUCCAAUCGAGUGACUGCCAAACUAUUUUCACCAAAGAUUUCAUGAUUUGCCGAAUGUCCAGCGAAUCUGCCGAAGCGAUGCUUGUUGGUGCCAAAUUCCACCGUUUUAAGCACGCCAAACUUUCCAAGCCCGUGGUUCGUUCACUUCAGCACUACUCUAUUCCGAGAAGUAUUGUGCCGCAUGUAGACUUUGUGGGUGGCGUUCUUCACUUUCCAGCCGUAAAAGGCCCCUCGUCGCCCAAGAUUCUUCAUCGUGAAUUUUCGGAGAACAUGUUAAAAAGAGAUCUUAUCUACAGCAGGGUCAAUCCUGAUAUUUUACGAGAACGCUAUAAGGUGUAUGAUGUUGUUGGAACCCAUCCUAACAACCGCCAGUCAAUAGCAUCGUUUCUGAAAGAGUAUUAUAGUCCUGCAGACCUUAAGGCAUUUUUCGACAUAUUUGGUAGUUCCUUUAAACACCUAAAAGAAGUGACAAAAGUCAUUGGCCCCAACAGUGGCCCCCCUGGUUCAGAAGCAAGCCUGGACAUCCAGUAUAUCAUGAGUCUUGGUGCCAUGGUACCAACCUGGUUCUGGAGUACUGCUGGUCUCCGUGAAUCACAAGAACCUUUUUUAGAGUGGCUUAUGGAUAUAAGCAAUCGUUCUGAGGUCCCAUGGGUUCACAGUGCUAGCUACAGUGACUAUGAGGAUUCACUUGAUGUAGCAUACAUGAAUAGGAUGAAUGUAGAGUUCCAAAAAGCUGGUGUAAGGGGGCUGACAUUCUUUUUUGCGAGUGGUGACGAUGGUGCAGAUUGUAAAAAUUCAAAAUUCCGUCCAGAGUAUCCGUCUUCAUCUCCUUAUGUCACCACCGUUGGAGGAACAGCACUUAAUGACCCCUUCACCUUGCCUGCUGAAUAUGGCCAUGAAAUUAGUGGUGGAGGAUUCAGUAAUGUAUUUGCACGUCCUUCGUACCAAACUGAUGAUGUUGAAAAGUAUCUGAACUCAGGGCCACACAUGCCACCCACAUCGUACUUCAACCCAAAUGGCCGUGGAUAUCCUGACAUCUCAGCUGUGUGUUAUAAGUUCUGGAUCGUCUACAAUAUGUACCUUGAACUUGUGUAUGGUACAUCGGCUUCUACUCCAACAGUGGCUGGCAUCAUCUCAUUGCUAAAUGAUGCACGGUUACAAAAUAACAAGUCUACACUGGGAUUCUUGAACCCCUUUUUGUAUCAAAAUGCUGCGACAAUGUAUGAUGUCACUACUGGGCACAAUGAAGGAUGUCUACCUGGGGAUAUUGGGUUUUAUGCUAGCACUGGCUGGGAUCCAGUGACUGGCUGUGGUACUCCCAACUAUCCAGCAAUGGUAAAUGCAGCCCUCAAUUGCCAGUAAAAAUUGUGCCGGGCAUUCUAUUAACAAGAACAGUUUGAGGAAAAUGAGAACGUUCUAAGGUAUACUUUAUGUCAUAAAAAGUUUAUUACAAAAUUUCUUUACGACUGCAAAUUUUAUUUUCAAGUGAUGAUAAUAAGAACUAGUGGUUCUAUAAGGAAAGGCAAAUUUUUUUGCGCAGUUGCCUUUAAUUAGAAAAAAGCCUUAUUUUCCUUCGUGGUUUCCUUUUUGUUUUUUAUAUAAAGUGACGAGGAUAUGGUUUCAGUGACGUACCAUUGCAAACUGAAGGGUCCUUAGGAAACUAAGGUAAUCCGAACUCUGUAUUGAGCUAUAUCAUAACUAAUGAUAAUGAGCUUUAUCCUCUAUUAAUCAUGAUCAAUUGUAUUUAACCUUUUUUCCGAGUAGUUAAAUCGCUUCUUUUAAAGUCUUUGGCAUAAUAGUUCAGGGGAUCUGAACUGAAACCGUCAUAUAGACGACCUCUGCAUUUUUUCCUGAUUCACCCCGUAGAAAUACUGGCCAACACCCGUUUAUGCGGAGAACGGACACCUUUUUGUGGCGAUAAUUAUGCAUGCUCGCGAACCGAGCGGAGCGGAGAUUAAUAAAUUUGUGGAGGGUGUAGCGCGCAUAACGUGCACAGAAAUCUUCCAGCGACGUGUGAUCUUGCUUUGGUCAUGAACAUCUCUCUCUCGGUUUGGGAGAACUCAAUUGCCUAGCAACAAGGCAGCGUGCAUAACUAGCGGGACCGUCUCAGAACCAAAAAAAUUUUGUUUGUCCCCUAUCUCAGCUGGAUACUCAGAAGCUUGUAACAUUCACUAUUCCAUUUAUCUCCGAUCAUAUUUCGCAUCUAAUACGAUAGGCCAGAAAGGAUAUAGAACAACUGCCUAAUUUUUUUUUACGGCUACGGGUCGAAAUGCUAAACGUGUUAUAUAUCCUAGAAGAGCUCAGGCAUAAUGAUAUCAUGCCAGGACUUCUACCUGGAUGAACCAGAAAGGAUAUAGAACAACUGCCUUUUUUUUCUACGCGUCAAAGUUCUAAACGUGUUAUUCUUAGGAGCGCUGAGGCUUAAUAAUAUGCCAGGUUUCCAGCGACUGAUUUUAGCUGAUUUUGCGGUGCGCAAGAAUGGAUAAUUUACCCGACUUGUAAACAGAUAUUUCCUCCAGCCGAUUGUGUCUCAUGCAGGAGAAUGUCAUUUCUGCGUUGUUUUGUUUCUACUGAAGUUUAAUCAAAGAAAGCGUAAGCGAAAAUAGGGAGAUCGCAAUUUAUACUCUUACGAACUAUAAAUUAGGGCUGACCUGGAAAACACGUUGAAUUUUGCCGCCAUUCAAAAUAUAAUCUGGCUGCGUUUAGGGAGGCAAUUUCCUCUUCCAUCCAGAUUUACUUGGUAUGUGUGUUUGCGAGAAUCUUCAGACAAAGAAUUGGGUAUACACUGAUUCGAAUGGCUUGGCGAUACUAAGUGCUUAAGUCUACUUACCAAUUACAACAUGUUUUGGAAGUAUUGAGAAGCGCGCCAAACGAGGUUGUCACAGUGUUCUGGAGCGAACACGGCGCGACUGGAUUGAUAAAAUUACCAUUACAUGCAGCUAUCAUGCCAGUGAUUUCUCCUUUCGUCGCAUAGUGAAUAGUUUGUGAGCACAUCCUCGACUCUCAAAACAUUUGUCUUGCGCCGCUAUAGAAGUUGCUUCUCCCGCGAACCAUAGGUAGAUUUCCCGCUUAACAUAAUAUUUGAUAAUUUAUGCAAAAGUUGACUUCGUGAGAGUCAGCAGUGCAUUAAUCGACUCAAAAAUAAACAGACUUCCUACAGGGUUUUGAACACGGUUUUAUGAGCACUGCGGUAGUUGACUGCAAAAGUGUUACGGUGAUGGAUACUCAACUGGAUGAUUACGUCGCUUCAUAGCAACCAGACGGUACGAAUUUUUUAACUUCCGGGACGCGAGGCUCGUGAUGAAACAAAACCGCCACAAACCUGGCCCGGUUGUUUUAGCGGCCGUUUAAGAGAUCAAGAAAUAAUUUAGCGAUAAAUGUCGAACGUAGAAGUACAUUUAACAGAAAAUGGAUGUGAUUUGGAUCAUUAGCUUUAAAAUAACAACGGAAAUCGAGGUGAGAAAACAUUCGUUUUGCGUCCUACUUCGCAGACGAGCUAUGUUCUAUCAAUGCGAUGGAAUACAAUUAAAUUCGUUUUUUUACCGUCAAUAACCAGGUUAUUUUCCUGAAAUGUAUCUUUGGCUCAAUCAGCUUUAAACGGCGUUUCCAUACUUUCUUUCUUUCUUUCUUUGCAGUUUUGUUUUAUUUGCUUAUUUGUUGUUCAGUUGUUGUGUUUUUUGAAUUCAUAUAUUUUCUUUUGCCUGUUGGCCUCUUUCCCUUCAUUCUUACCUCUGGCCCUUACCCUCUGCUUCGCAAACAGAGUGGCCUUCCCCUUGGGGUCGUUUAUAUUGAAGUUCCAACCGUUUAAUAAGUGUGUUGUCUCUCUCAAAAUUUGAGAGCAAAUUUCUCUUUGUAUGUUAUUGCCAGUCUCUACCUGUGUGUGAAAUUCAUUCCUUACAGGAAGGGAAUUAUGCUAAGAGUCUGUUAACUGUAGAUGGCCCCGUCAAACAGAAACUCACGUGGAUAGUUAGAAGAGCUGUAAAUGGAAUACCAGACAAAAAAAGUUAAAACUUAAUUUGCAAUAACGUUCGAAAUUUCUGGUUAGAUCAGAUUAGGCACGUUAGACUGUCAUGUUAUAUUUUGGGGGGCAUUGUAAUCGGGGGAGUGCAUUGUGGAAAUGUCCUGGUGUAAAAUAAUGCUCUUUCGAAAGGGUAACGUGUCAUAUUUUUAUUCUUAAAAUUAAAGUGGAAGUUACCAUAAAGCCCCGACUUUAAAAUGGUACUUUGAAUAUCGCAUGGCCAAACUGACCUGUGUGACGUAGUAAUUUGCAACAAUGAAUGGAAUGCACUGAAUGUUACUUACAAGAUGGCGGCAAAUAGGUAGGAUUGGCGUUGUAUACAACUCCCUAAUCAUACUCAGAAUCUUCGUUUAUUUCGCGACACCUUCGUUACAGUCAGAAACGUCGCGUAAUUCCACAAAACAGAAAGCAAUGACCCCAAUCGGAAGCGAAGGCUGAGCAAAUCAGUUGGCGUCUUUGAUCCAUAACUACUCGCUCCCAGCCUCUGGGACAUUUCUGAAGGGGAAAAAGCAGUUUUGGACGGCCAAAAUUCAAGAAUUUUUUCGGAUACACAUUUUUAUUUAAUAUAAUUUAGAAUAUUGUAACCGUAAAUCGUCUAUUAAACCCCCGGGGGGCUUAUCUUUUUCAAGCACUUUUGAGGGGGGGGGCUUAUUUAAUUUAGCGAAACGCAUCACCUGUAGCAAAAAUACCGUGGUAUGAGACAGAGUAGACUUACGCAUUGUACAAUUAAAGUCACCGUCAAAAGUAUUUAAUUCACUUGUGGGAGCCUAAAAGUAACAAAAACAAAAUUCUUAUUCUUCAAAAAUGUGCUUUCGACCUCAUGUUCUUCGGUAAUUUUUAUGAAUAAACCAUAACUGAUCAGUCCACGUUAAUCUUUAAUUUUUUUGUGAAGAAUAAGGAUUGGAGGAGGGGGAGAGGGGGCUUAAUAGCGAGGGGGGCUUAUUAACUUUCCUCCUCUGAAAAGGGGGGCUUAUUUGAGAGGGGGGGCUUAAUAGAGGAUUUACGGUAAUUUAACUUUAAUGUAUGGACCAAAAUCAAUUUCAAAAAAGUCCGUGUCCAAUACGCUAAAAAAAACCCUAAUUACUGCCAAUCAUAAGCGCCGCUCUAUUCUCCCUGUUCUUUUCCUACUUAUUUUCCCCCUUUUUCUUAGUAUUGGGAGUACUCGAAUUUUUUCUUCUGAGCCGCCUGUUUCACUGACUGAAUAAAAUCUUUCUCAUGUAUUCAGCAGGCUUAAAAUUCACCAUCACAUUUCUGCCAUUGCGCAUGCAUAAGUACAGGAUGUUUGUCACAUGAACCUAGUCUAGUGGCCCUAGCUCCCACAAGUCUCCUGCAGCUUAGUGGCAGAGCAUCUGGACUAGUAACCAGGGCCGGGUCGUUCAAAGCAGAGGUUUAGUUAACCCUCACCUGAGGAUCGAUUAGUGCGAAAUUCGAUUUCAGAUUUGAAGCUUGAGAAGCCAAGUCAGUUUUAUUCUUUUUGUCUACAAUUUGAUGAUUGUAUUAUCUAAAUAGAAGAGAGAAAAUUAUCCGGGAAAAUGCUUUUGAACAAAAGAAAAAGAAACCCGGAUUAAAAUUGAACCCUAGGUUAGGGCAAACAACUGGGGCCAGAAGGUGAUUGUUUUGACUCCUUUCGGGAGCACUAGCAUUUUUUCCUUCGAGCCCUCUGUGUCACUGACUCAACAACAUCUUCCUCAUUUCUCAUGGUGUUUCCAAAACGGUUAUUAAAAGCUAACAAACUAUAUAUAGUGCAAAAAUCCGCUAAAAACAGUAGUAGCUCUACUUUCAGUUCUCCUUGUUAAACUGGCUAGACCGUUAUUCCUAUUUUCUUUUUACUUAUAGAAAGGUUUGCUUCUUGAAAAGUGAAUACUACGUUGUCUAAUCCUUAUGAUGUCAGACCACCUUUUGAGCUACAGAAUCUAGACUGCACCCACUGAGAAACCUCCACGGGGUGCACAUUUUUGUGCCCAUUUUGUAUCCUGUUCUUUCUUAUCCUGCUGCUUUAGUGGUUUAAUCUCUCCCGCACCUCGAUGCCAGGUGCGAUAACCUGCUUUCUAAGACGCUUACCAGUUUUUUUCUUAUGUAAAUGAGAGAUUUACGAAGACCUUUUCCCUGGCCAUCAGGUCCUUUGAAAAUAGGUGAGCUUUUAGCUUUUAAUUAACUUUAGUUAGUUUAGUCGAGUGCUAACUCGGACAACAUGGAUUCUUCCUCGCCAGUCACUUUGGUCUAGCAUUGUCGUUCUGAGUUCUCCGAUUGGCGAUGGCUGGUGUCCUCAAGCAAAACAACAAUUACAUUUUGUCAUAUAAUAUUACUAUUAAUUUCUGUAAUCUUUACAGCCUAGUCCCGACAGGUUGUUAAAUUGAUUCUAAUUAAUUUAGCAUUAUAAUAGCCUGCGAAAACAUCCGUUUCUCCUCGCUCUUCGCCGCUGGGGACGUUUCGCGAGGAGGAACGUCUGCGACUCAGCGACAGAAAUUCCAUACUGAUGACGUAAAAUCUGUCCAGAAUCCGGUCAGAAGCGCUGAUUGGUCGACGGAGUAGUUACAUUGUUUUAGCUAUUGUUUACGAAUGACAGACAAAAGACAAAAGGCAACAGAGGUCAAAUGUAAAUGCGAAAAUCUCUAGCAAAACAGUCAAUAUUUGUCGAAUAUACUCUUCUCUAGAAGAAGUAUUUGAGUUUUGCUGGAGCUCGUUGGCAGAUGAACACAAAAAUUUACCAAAAUCGACCAGAAGACACGUAAAAUUGUACAAAUUUGUAUUUGGAACCCCAUGACUACCCGAUUUAUUAUGUAAACAUUGAUUUACGUCAUCAGUAUGGAAUUUUUGCCACUGAGUCGCAGACAUUCCUCCGCGCGAAACGUCCCAAGCGACAAAGAGCGAGGAGAAACGGAUGUUUUCGCAGGCUAGCAUUAUAAUUAAACAUGCCAUGCAAGAUUUUCAUGAAAUUAAAUAGAGUAAUUAAUACAGUAAUUCAAUACGUGCGAUUAUACAUCAUUAUUGCUAUCCAUUAUUAGUAACUGUUAUAAAUAUAAUCAUUGUUAUCAUUAUUAUUAAUAUUCGCACCAGUUUCAUCCUUAUCUUGGGUAUUUGAAAAUAAAGCCUGCCCACUUUCAUUUACAGUCUACCUUACAACGGUCUGAUUCGAAACUGCUCUUGAUCAAAAACCUGAUACAAUUUUACUGGUAAUUCAGGGCUUCAUUAACCAUUGGUGGGAGGUUGGGAGUACCACAGCCAGUCACUGGAUCCCAGCCAGUGCUAGCAUAAAACCCAAUAUCCCCAGGUAGACAUCCUUCAUUGUGUCCAGCGGUAACAUAUCUAAUGUCGCAGGAUUUUGAUACAAAAAGGGGUUCAGGAAUCCUAGUGUAGACUUAUUAUUUUGUAACCGUGCAUCAUUUACCAAUGAAAUGAUGCCAGCCACUGUUGGAGUAGAAGCCGAUGUACCAUACACAGUUUUAAGGUACAAGUUUUCAACGGUCCAGAACAAGAGUCUCUUGUCCAGAAGUAAUAACACACUGCUGAGAUGUCAAGAAAGCCGCGGCCAUUUGGGUUGAAGUACGAUAUAGGUGGGAUGUGGGGCCCUGACUUUAAGUAUCUUUCAACAACGUCAUUUUGGUACGAAGGACGCGGGAAUACAUUCCUGAAUCCUCCACCACUAAUUUCAUGGCCAUAUUCAGCAGGCAAGGUAAAGGGAUCAUUAAGUCCUGUUCCUCAAAAGGGUGGUGACAUAUGGAGUUGAAGACGGAUACUCGGGACGGAAUUUUGAAUUUUUACAAUCUGCACCAUCGUCACCACUUGCAAAUAAGAAUGUCAGCCCCCUUACCCCAGCUUUUUGGAACUCUACAUUGAUCCUGUUCAUGUAUGAUACAUCAUAUAAGUCCUCAUAGCCAGAAUAGCCGCCUCGAUGUUCGUGAAUCUGUAAGAGCGUUAUCGAGAUAUUUUAGGAUGAAGUUUUUAUGGUUAGAAAAACAGUAAAAUGGGCAAUCUUGAAUUUUGGCCGUUAACUGUAAAACGAAGCGCUUUUAACAUGCCAUUUCACGUAAUAUAGUAGCUUUAAUCCUGUUAAAAACGUGUGUGAAAGAUCAGGGAGAUAGCUCUAGCCGAUUGCUAGAACGAACGAUUUGAUUAGCAUGUAUCGAGGCGCUCUUGUUGGUGGAUGGCUUUUGUAAACAUUUCUUUCUACUUUAACAAAUAAGCGAAUAAUUUUUAAACCGCUCAAUAGAUUUUUUUUUUAAAUGGUAUUCUCGAGAUCAAGCGUCGUUUUAGGAGACCUUUGAGUCUCAAGAUUAUUGAUAUAUUGUAAGGUAGUAAAGUACGGGCUACAAUUCCCUAAUUUUUCACUGUGUGGCCACACCACCCCCUAAAUGUUGCAUCAGUGCGUGGGUAGUUAUGUUAUUAGUCGAACUUGCUUAAAGCCGAGCGAACCUCUAAAAAUGCAGACGUUUCUUUUUUCUUUUUACUUUUCUUUGACGGCGGGCACCAAUUAGAAGACCAUGCUCCCAGGCGUUCCUAGCAGAGACCGUGGGCAAUGGGAAUAAGAAUGGUGACGACUUUCGUUGUAUGCAAAUGAGUCUCGUGAUGAGCGUGCGGCUUAUUUUCGGCGAUGACUGAAUUGACGCAUGUAAGUUGAUGACGUCUCUCGCUGUUUGGCAAUGAUGUAAUUUUCCCCGAUUCGAGGCCCUUGAUUUUCGUGUAAUUAUGCACCGGCAUUAAAAAGUAAAUACCUCGAUGAGGAAUUAUGAGAGUUCGGCGUUUACAAGAAGCGUUUUCAAGAAGUAUACUGCCGUUUUUAAAUCAGGAGAACGCUUCAAGCAGCCAAAGAUGAAAGACACUUGCUAAGGAUUUUUAACGACUGUUUAUCAUUGUCUGUUCCUGAGACCCCAUCAUAGCUGGAUUCAUGGACAAAUUUUUGAGAUUUAAAACCCGAAAAUGAAGGAGGCAAUUUGUUUUCUUUCGACGCUACCAUCGAUGGGUGAGUAGAGCCACAGUUGUUGUGAUGUCGGAAACUGUCAGUAUUAAUAUAAUAUUUGCUUUUUCUCAGCGCUGGAGUUUUCAUUAUUUUAUUUGGGCUAAUGCAAGAUUCAUCGUAGCUCUUCUUCGUCGGCUUCAUCGUAGUCGUUAAGGAAAUUUAUACCUCUGUGGCCUGUGACACUGAGGAUAUGUUCUGAACUUACAAUCUUUGCUUUCUUCACCUGACUGCAUGUUGUUUUUCUUGCACAAUGAUUUGUAAACUUUUUUCUCACUUUCUUUAAGGCUAGUACCAGCUACGGAUACUUUUCAUUGUGUGAGUUGUGGUAUUUUCACCCAUUGGUUUAGUUUGGACCAGAAGUUUAAAUUUUCAGUUUCGUUUGCUACUGAGGUAGAAAAAAAAAACAGACCAUCACAUGGAUGUUUUAAUAGAGGUCUUCGCUCCACAAAAGACUCAAAGAGAGCAAGAAAUAACGUACAUGACUUGAAAUCCCUGUUGUUAUCAUUGAAUAAUCCUUGUUCAUUUAAAUGCCUGAAGAGUGUAGCUGUCAUGGUUUGCGUGUGGUUGCAACCGUUUUUGUUCUUUAUUUUUUUUUUUACUUUAGCGUAGUCUGUUAUGAGUAGCUUUUUUUUUAGUUUCUUUGGCUCAUUUUCCUCGAUUUUGUCGACAGUAUUUUUCUCUUAGCAACGCAUUUUCAAUACAUUUAGCGAGAAAGACGUACUUUUUACCGUGUUCGGGUUUUUUUGGAAUAUUUUUUUUAACUUUUCUAUUAUUGUUUUGCUUACAAAAUAAUCCCGUCGUCGUCUGCUGAAAACCAUGGCCAUUUUCUUGAAUCUGUGUUGUUAAAACAGCUCUAAUCUGAUUGGUUCUUGUUGGUUUCUUUUGUCUUUUCGGCCAAUCAGAAAGCAUUUGUAAUUUGCACUCGUGUUACAAGUUUGCACUCGUGUUACGCAUUUUGCACUCGUGUUACAGAAGAGCUGCACUCCUUUCUCAGCCAAUCAGAAUUGAGUAAUUUUUUCGUGUAUAUUAUUAGGCCUGAAAAUGCAAAAUGCCAAGCAAAUCCUUGAAUUAGCUACUAGCAUGCCUUAAGGUAUUCAGUUAUGACGUCAUGUUUGCUGACGUCAUUCUUACGUAAAUUUUAAAUUUUUAAAUCUCCCCAAUUUUUGUUUUUUUCUGAAAGAUCUCAUGAAAGGGAGUUGAAAGCUGAAAAAUGUUUUGCAAAAUCGCAUAUACGGCCUGAGAUAUCUAAGUUUGAAUUUGAAUAAAUAAAAACUGGAACCUCCUUCGGGAAACAACUCUAAAUUUAAGUGUUUUCUUUUUAAAUUGCCCUUACUAUUUAAGUUGCAUAUAAGACUGAGUCUUGACUGUCGAAAACUAAAAGAAAAAAAACAUUUAACAUAAUAAAUUUCCAACUGCGCAGAAUCCUGGAAAACAAAUUGCGGUGUCAGAAAAUGUCACGUCAUCAUUUCUUCCCGCUUAAAUUAGCGUUAUUGAGUCAAACAAUUAAAAUCUGAAAUCAUACGAUUUUAGUCCACAAUGAAAGGUUUGUGAUACUAAAAAAAAUCAGCUUAUUUUGUAUGAAACUAAAAAAAUACCAGAGCAGUCGUUUUUUAAGAAAAACUAUGGAUCCGGGGGGGGGGGGCACACUAAAAUGUUCCUGAAGUCCUAUAACUCGGCUCAUACGUGCCGUAUCGAAAAGCGAUUUUCAGUGUUAUGCUCCUCUUCUGAUGCUCUUUCGAAUGAUACAAGUUUGACCCAAAAAAUAAAAAAACGAAACAAUUUUCCUUCUUUUGGUGACGUCAGCCAGUGUGACGUAACGUCAUGUCAGUUCCAAGACACCUACACAUGCUGUUACUGCAGCCGCUCCUGUCUUCCAAAUAAAGAGACGUGUGCAAGGACACCAGGGGGCUCCAACAGAUCGGCUAAGGUCGCUGGGAUGAUGUCAGAUCAAAUGGCUUCAAGACCGUGAUUUGCGCUGGACAGAAUCUUCAAGACGAGAAGCUGUGCGAUUAGGAAAAUGAAAAUGAAAAUGUUUCAACAACAUCCGAGACAUUUCAACACAUCUGUCCAGUUUCAUUCAUAUUUAGCACAUGCAGCAUUCUCCACUAAACAUUACGGCACUGAACACUGAAAAUUUCGGCGCAUAGAGGGGACCCUAAAUUUGUUGCAAACUCUAUAACAGGCUAAAGAGAAAACCGCAAGCUUACAAAAAACUUAAGACAAAGGCAGUUGUUUGCGUUAAGUGCAGACAGGCUUACACUUAAUGGGCCUCCAGCAGAAUUCAACUUGUGAUAUCUAGCGCUGUAUUAAAGAGUUCCGGUUUCCUAUCAUUAUAUCCAGAUCCAAGCUGGCGUAUCCCUUAAUAAUAAUCAUAAUUCACAAUUGCAUAUAAACUGUGGGUAAAAUAAUUUCACAAGUUCGCCUACAAUUACACAUCAUGAAGGGCCUUCCUCAGUCUCUGUAACCAAGCUGGCACUUCAAAUUAUUGAACGCAGACCAUUAUAUCGAAUUGUAAAUCUAAACGAAAGAUCAGAAAAAUUCUACAAUGAAAGUUUCCAGUUUACUCCACAAUUCGUUAUUAAUGUUAUCAUAAAAUCGAUAACAAGGUACACCUAGACAGCCAAAAUUUCUUUUAAGUAUUUGUCACAUUUUCAGUUGGAAGCUCCCUGAAUUGGCUGCUCUCAUGGAAUCAAAACAAGCAUAAUGUAAUAAGCUAAAGAUACGAAAUUGUUUCGAGAUGUAAGAGUAGGAGUUUUCCUCUUAAAUUGUAUCAAGCACUUUCAAAAUCAUUAUUUUUCCCUCAUCAACCCAGUUUUUUCUUCUUAGCUUUUAAACUAUCGCGAUCGGCUACUCUUGUUAGCAAUAACAAGGAUAUGCUGUAAUGAAAACAUUCUAGAUAGCCCAAUACUCUGAGACGGUGAAAUCCAGGGUGUCCAGGCAACAUAUACUUUUUCUGCAAAAACUGAGAUUUCCUAGUCGCCCAAGAGUAAAUUGUAUAAAGCGCUAGGGGGCCUCUGGGCGCUGCUAGAGGACAGCCCUAAAUAAUGUCUUAAAUCUUUUUUUUUCUUGCAGUGUUUCCAACCAAAAAAAAAAUUGUUCGGAUAAUGUAAUAACGCAUUAACAUGUCAGGUUUUGACAGUUCGAAUUCGGCCUAAUUGAUAUAAUUGAUUCAUUCGACGAAGAGAAAAACGUAUGUAUAUUACCCAAGCGAAAACGCGCGUAAACGAGUUCGUCGUUCACUAUAAGGUAGAGGAAAAGCAUCACAAACGAGUCUAAAAAUUGCAAAACGUUAACAUCCGUUUUUCCUCUAUUAAGAAUAUAAAAACUGGUAUCCCUCGCCUGGUAGAUAUGCCCUGACAGCCGUUGCAAUCAUUCUAAUUGGUCAAUAACGUAUUUUGGCACUUUUAAAAAAAGCCUGCAUCGAUCGUCAUUCUUGAUGAAAAUUCAUUUUCCCGGGACAGCAUAAUUCGUCCAGUUUCCGAAGGCUUUCCAAGACGAAAGGGAUCAACUCCAUGUUAAUGUUAAUUUGUCUUACCUUUCUCAGUCUUGGCUUCUGUAAUACAAGAACCGAAGAGUACGUCAUCCUGGAAAAGAGCCAUAAUGUCAAAGCAUGGAAAGUGCAAGGCUGGGAAAAGCUUGAGCGACUGCCACCGUCGGAAGAAAUAUUUUUGACCUUUGCCCUAAAGCAAAGUAACUUAAAAACUUUGGAACGUGUCUUCUGGGAAGUCUCUGAUCCAAGAUCUAAGGAGUAUGGAAAGCACCUUUCCUUGUCCAAACUAACGCAGUUGAUAGCCCCAUCAGAAACGACGAUUUCAAACGUCCAGGCGUGGCUUAGAAGUCAUGGCAUCCAAUCGAGUGACUGCAACACUAUCUUCACGAAAGAUUUCAUGACUUGCCGAAUGUCCUGCGAAUCUGCUGAAGCGAUGCUUGUUGGUGCUAAAUUCCACCGUUUUAAGCACGCCCAAAUUUCGAAGCCCGUUAUUCGAUCUCUCCAACACUAUUGUAUUCCUAAGAGUAUUACACAGCAUGUUGACUUUGUGGGCAGCGUGCUGCACUUUCCAGUUGUAAAAGGCCAAACGUCGUCUAAAGGUUUUCAUCGCGAAUUUUUAGACAACAUAAAUAAGGAUCUCAUCUGUACGGGGGUCUAUCCUAAUGUUUUACGGGAGCGCUAUAAUAUGUCUGAUGUUGUUGGAACCCAUCCUGACAACCGCCAGUCAAUAGCAUCGUUUCUGGGAGAAUAUUACAGUCCUGCAGAUUUAAGAAAAUUCUUUGACAUAUUUGGUGUUUCCUUCAAACACCUAGAAAAAGUUACGAAAGUCAUUGGUCCAAACAAUGGACCCCCUGGUUCAGAAGCAAGCCUGGACAUCCAGUAUAUCAUGAGUCUUGGUACCAUGGUACCAACCUGGUUCUGGAGCACUGCUGGUCGCCAUGAGUCAAAAGAACCCUUUUUAGAGUGGCUUAUGGAUAUAAGCAAUCGUUCUGAGGUCCCAUGGGUGCAUAGUGUUAGCUACGCUGACUUUGAGGACUCACUUGAUGUAGCAUACAUGAACAGGAUUAAUGUAGAGUUCCAGAAAGCUGGUAUAAGGGGGCUUACAUUCUUAUUUGCCAGUGGUGACUAUGGGGCCGCUUGCAAAAAUUCAAAAUUUCGGCCCAUGUUUCCGUCUUUAUCCCCAUACGUCACCGCCGUUGGAGGUACAGGAUUCAAUCAUCCCCUGUCUGGUGAAUAUGGCCAUGAAAUUAGUGGUGGAGGAUUCAGUAAUUUAUUUGCGCGUCCUUCGUACCAAAAUGAAGUUGUUGAAAAGUACCUGAAGUCAGUGCCUCAUAUCCCACCCACAUCGUACUUCAACCCAAAUGGCCGUGGAUAUCCUGACAUAUCCGCUGUGUGUCAUGACUUCUGGAUCGUGAGAAGUAUGUUCGUUGAAACUGAGUCUGGUACUUCGGCUUCUACUCCAACAGUGGCUGGCAUCAUUUCAUUGCUAAAUGAUGCACGGUUACAAAAUAACAAGUCUACACUGGGAUUCUUGAACCCCUUUCUGUACCAGAAUUCUGCGACCAUGUAUGAUGUUACCGCUGGACACAAUGAAGGAUGUCUACCGAGGGAUAUUGGGUUUUAUGCUAGCACUGGCUGGGAUCCAGUGACUGGCUGUGGUACUCCAAACUUUCCAGCAAUGGUGAAAGCAGCUGUUAAUAAGUGGUAA